AUGACGCGUGUUGUCACGCUCAUAACUUUCUUCAUCAGUAUGGCCAACAGUCGUUGGACAACGUUCUGGCGUCGCACACGGAAUGCAUUCCAAGACCAAUCGCGCCGAAUAAUACGGAUGGAGGGCGCCGAGUUGCCUUCGCGUGCUCCUCGUCUGCUCUACUCAUUCAACACCCCCCUCCAAGUCUCUGAAGCUGUACUGGGAAGUGACGCUGACAUUGGUGGACGAUCCUCGGUCAACUUUACCCUUGACCAAAGUAGUCAAGACGAGCAGAUUGGCCGACCAACAGCCAAGUUUCAUGGUCAUCUCAGUCUUGACAUCAUUCGACCUGAAUUACGAGGACGAAUCAACACGGGCUAUGCAGGCUUCAAAACGCCGGUACGGUCUACUCUGUUUGGCAAGAUAACAGACAAUGUCUAUUUCUACGACUAUCUUGCACUGCGGGUCAGAGCCGCAGGCGACCCAAUUCUACACGGUUGUUACUUCGUGAACAUCCAGACCCUCGAUGGGAUGCAACAUAAGUCUUUGUGGCAGCAACGGCUCCCUAUUCGUAGACAGGACAACGACUGGGAGACCGUCUAUUUACCUUUCGAUGACUUUGAAUAUUUCACCAUCGGAGAGCAACCUUCUGUCCGCGAAAACAUCGACAAGGAAAGCUUGUUGACGAUUGGGAUUUCAGUUCUCGGCGGUCGUCACCAUGCCUCUGGCCCGUACGAACUGGGGGUCGAUUCCAUUUGGGUUGUUGCUGAUCAUGAGGGUUGUGUGCCAGACAGUCCUGGACCCAAUAUACCUCAGUCACCAUAG